ACCAUCUCCAUCAUUAGUGGCAAAGAUUUAAGUUAAACAAGCUGGCCAAAGACCAAUGUGUGAGGAAUUAGCCACACUAAUAGUACAUCCACAUGCAGCUAUAGCAAAUUAGCAAUGAGAGCAAGGCUUAACCUUGAGGUGUAUGUGUGCCAUGUGCCUCCAUUUCGAGCUAUAUAAGCCUCUCACCGUUGUGCCACUGCACUAGCUUGCUGGCUUGCUGCCUAGCUAGCUACUAGCUCUAGCUCGCCAGUGGCAUCGCCGGCACGGCGUCGGAUAGAUAGAUCCGGCCGGCCGAUUGGUGGUGCGUGCGGCGGCGAUGUCGUCCGGCGGUGGCGUCGCGGAGGAGGUGGCGAGGCUGUGGGACGAGCUGCCGGUGCGGGUGGACUGGGCGGCGGUGGAGGCGCAAUGGGCGGGCGCGAGGGCGCUGGUGGUGGUGCCCGCCGUGCGGGCGCUGGUCGCCGUGUCGCUCGCCAUGACGGUGAUGAUCCUCGCCGAGAAGCUGUUCGUCGCCGCCGUCUGCCUCGCCGUGCGCGCCUUCCGCCUCAGGCCGGAGCGCCGCUACAAGUGGCUCCCGAUCGGCGCCGCCACCAGCUCCAGCUCCGACGACGACGACAAGGAGGAGAAGGAGGAGGAGGCCGCCGGCCUGGUCGCCGCCGCGUUCCCCAUGGUGCUCGUCCAGAUCCCCAUGUACAACGAGCGCGAGGUGUACAAGCUGUCGAUCGGCGCGGCGUGCGCGCUGGACUGGCCGGCCGACCGCGUCGUCAUACAGGUGCUCGACGACUCCACUGACCCUACUGUCAAGGACUUGGUGGAGAAGGAGUGCCAGAAAUGGCAGGGCAAGGGCGUGAACAUCAAGUACGAGGUCAGAGGGAACCGGAAGGGGUACAAAGCCGGCGCGCUCAAGGAAGGCUUGAAGCACGACUAUGUGAAAGAGUGCGAGUACAUUGCCAUGUUCGACGCCGACUUCCAGCCUGAGUCGGAUUUCCUCCUGAGGACCGUCCCGUUCCUCGUGCACAACUCGGAGAUCGCCCUUGUUCAGACUCGCUGGAAAUUCGUUAAUGCUAACGAGUGCCUGUUGACGAGGUUUCAAGAAAUGUCGUUGGACUACCACUUCAAGUAUGAGCAAGAGGCAGGGUCUGUGGUGUACUCGUUUUUCGGCUUCAAUGGGACUGCUGGUGUCUGGAGGAUUGCAGCAAUUGAUGAUGCCGGGGGCUGGAAGGACCGGACAACAGUGGAGGACAUGGACCUUGCUGUUCGUGCAAUGCUUCAGGGAUGGAAAUUCGUUUAUGUUGGUGAUGUCAAAGUCAAGAGCGAGCUACCAAGCACAUUCAAGGCAUACCGAUUUCAGCAGCACAGAUGGUCAUGUGGACCGGCAAACCUGUUCAAGAAAAUGAUGGUAGAGAUUUUAGAAAACAAGAAAGUCUCAUUUUGGAACAAAGUUCACCUCUGGUAUGAUUUCUUCUUUGUUGGGAAGAUUGCUGCUCACACAGUCACAUUCAUUUACUACUGCUUCGUGAUCCCGGUGUCCGUUUGGUUGCCUGAAGUCGAAAUUCCUCUCUGGGGGGUGGUCUAUGUUCCUACAGUCAUCACCCUCUGCAAGGCUGUUGGAACACCCAGUUCAUUUCAUCUUGUAAUACUCUGGGUCCUAUUCGAGAAUGUCAUGUCAUUGCACCGGAUUAAAGCGGCAAUAACUGGUCUUCUAGAGGCUGGACGAGUCAAUGAGUGGGUUGUCACCGAGAAGUUGGGAGACACCAACAAGACAAAGCCAGCCACCAAUGGAUCAGAUGCUCUGAAAGUGAUCGAUGUGGAGCUGACAACUCCACUAAUACCAAAGCUCAAGAAGAGGCGAACAAGAUUCUGGGACAAGUACCACUAUUCAGAAAUUUUUGUUGGAAUCUGCAUAAUUCUGUCUGGUUGCUAUGAUGUGCUUUAUGCCAGGAAAGGAUACUACAUAUUCCUCUUCAUUCAAGGCCUAGCUUUCCUCAUUGUUGGUUUUGAUUAUAUCGGCGUGUGCCCUCCUUGAGCAGAAUAAGUAGUCAUUGAUGGAGCCGACAUGCAGAAUUAUGAGAAAUUACGUGCAACUAAAGCCGCUCUCCUGCACACAUCAACUUCGGAACAAAAUUCAUCAUGGAUCAUUCUCCUCAUCAGUCUUGGUCAGAUUUAAUUUUUUUGGCCGGGUUGGUCAGAUUUGAUUGAUCCAAUCAUUCUUUACCACCACAAAGGGUAUGAAAUAACAGUCAUUAUUUUGAUAAUAACAGUAUUUACUGAUGCAUUAUGACAGAAGGAGUAGUGCAAAAUAGCAUUCGAGUUCAGAUCCUGUAGAGAAGCAUCAUACACUUGCAAGAAUAACAGAGCUGUACAUGAAAUAGCGUGCUCUGGCAAUUACUAUAGACCAAUUUAAUUAGCCUACCAAAUUUUUUUUUGUCAAUGCAUUGAUGUAGUUAUUUAAACUGUAAUUCAGGAUGGGCCAUCAGUCUCAGUCUAUAUAAUCUGGUGUAGUAGGCUAAAAUCUUGUAAAUGUACAUUGUUCCUGAACACCAAUAAUUCUGUCGAAAUUCAGACAGAACUUGAAAUGAAUAAAGUACAGCAUGUAAGCAUUUCCUCUGAAGUCUGUUCUGAUAUUUCACUUGAUGUGGCACACAGAAUACCGGA